AAGAACGCGAAGCUUCCGGUUCAGCCUUGUUGAAAAUGGCGACGACGAUUGACCUGGAACUAAAGAAGGCCUUCUCCGAGCUGCAGGUGAAGAUGAUCGACACCCAGCAGAAAGCCAAACUGGCUGAUCUGCAGAUCGAUCAGCUGACACGUGUCCACAAACAUGCUAAGCUAACUCACGCGGAGAUCACCACGCUGCCCGACAACACCAGACUCUACGAGGGGGUUGGACGCAUGUUCAUCCUGCAGUCGAAAGAGGAAAUCAACAACCAGCUGACGGACAAACAGAAAACAGCUGACGAGAAGAUCAAAGAGUUAGAGCAGAAGAAGGUGUACCUUGAACGCAGCGUGAAAGAAGCUGAAGACAACAUCAGAGAGAUGCUUCUGUCCCGGAGAGCUCAGUGAUCAGCACUGAUCAAUAAUCCAUAACCCUCAUUGUGUUUGUUAGUUCUUCAUAUUAAACUUUGAAGCUUCA